AUGUUAACCCAACAACAAAAGAUCACCUUGUUACCAGACAAAGAUAUAAUCUCUUUAUACAAACCACUUAUUUUGAUAGGUAUUUUCUUCUUCUUAUUCUAUACUUUGUUAUCUAAUCGUCACAUAGAUCAUCAAUCACCACAAUACAUAGCUAAAUCGAAACAAACCAUUUAUCCUUAUCAGUACAAUACAAACAACACAAAUGACCCUACAAAUAUCAAUCACAUUGUCAUAGGGACAUCAAGCACAGUGGAUUUAUUAAGGUAUAGAAAACCCUACAUCGAUUCUUGGUGGCGACCUAAUGUAACCAAGGGAUACCUAUUUCUUGACCGCGAACCAACAAAGUUCCUCCCAUGGCCUUCUUCUUCCAUUCCAUAUCGAGUUUCUGAGAGCACGUUGAAGUAUAAACCUUAUGACAAACAUCCAACAAAGAGUAGUAUCCGGAUGUUUAGAGUAAUCGCAGAGACUUUUAGAGAAGCAUCAAGGGAAGAAGGAAUUAGAUGGUUUGUGAUGACAGAUGAUGAUACUAUACUUUUCAUAGAUAACUUGGUAGAUGUGUUGCAAAAAUAUGAUCAUAGGAAGUACUUUUACAUAGGGGAGAAUGCAGAGUCUGUGUUGUCAAAUUUUGAUAACUCUUUUGAGAUGGCCUUUGGUGGAGCUGGUUAUGCCAUAAGUUAUCCUCUUGCUGAGGCCUUGUCCAAGAAUGUGGAUGUUUGUAUUAAGAGAUAUCCAACUACUUUUGGGAGUGAUCAUCUUAUGCAGUCUUGUGUAGCUGAUCUAGGAGUCUCUCUAACACAUGAAAAGGGGUUUCAUCAGAUUGAUCUCCACAAAGACUUAUGGGGGUUUUUAUCGGCGCACCCACAAGCUCCAACCGUAUCUCUUCACCACCUGGAGGUGGUUGAUCCGUUGUUCCCGUGCAUGGAUCGAAUAAAGGCAGUAAACCAGCUAAUGAAAGCGGCCAAAGUAGAUGAAUCUAGACUUCUACAACAAACAAUUUGUUACGACAAUACUAAACAUUGGUCAUUCUCUAUAGCAUGGGGUUACACAGCUCAAAUAUACGAGAAAAUCAUACCUCCGAGUAUACUAGAAAUGCCUCUAGAGACAUUUGUUCCGUGGCGAAAACCUCCAAAACAGCCUUACAUGUUUAACCCACGAUGGUUCCCUAAAAACCCUUGUGAUAUACCUCAUCUUUUCUUCCUCCAAUCCGUUGAGAUAAUCAACGGGGAUAAUCAAAUACUGACAACAUACACUCGAAGAACAACCAGGGAUUUGCCACCUUGUUCGCGAUCAUCACCAGAUAUUCCUAAUUAUAUUACCAACAUUAUAGUUAUUUCUCCUACUACCAAAUAUAUUGCUCAGGGGGGAAGUAGACGAGAAUGUUGUGACAUUCUAGAUCAAGUUGAAAACAAUGUUACCACGAUCAAAUAUAGAGCUUGCGCGGAUAAUCAAAUAUCGUGA